AUGACAAUAUUCAACUUUUAUUUGUUUGAUCGACAUGGAACGUGUUUAUAUUACACAGAGUGGAGUCGAAAAAAACAACUGACAAUGAGCAAGGAUGAGGAAUUCAAGUUGAUGUAUGGGAUGAUCUUUUCCAUCAAGUCAUUUGCAAGCAGAUUGUCUCCAACAGACAUGAAGGAAGGUUUUCUCAACUUCACCACGAGUAAGUACAAGCUACACUUCUUUGAGACACCAAGUGGGCUGAAGUUUAUCAUGAACACAGAUCUUUCUGUGGGUGGAAUGAAGGAUGUGUUACAUCAGAUUUUUAGCUCUCUCUAUGUGGAAUAUAUAGUCAAAAACCCCCUGUGUGACAUGGACCAGCCCAUCACAAGUGAGCUGUUUAAAAAUAAACUGGAUGAAUAUGUCAGAGCCCUGCCUCAGUUUUCUACAAAAGUUGCAUCAUGA